GGCGCUGUUGUUCGAGCAACGUUCCUCGGCAUGCUACUCGUGGUACGGUUAUUCGUUUAACGAAUAUUAACUGAUACGGCUAUUUUCUUUCCCUAGUCCAUGCAAUUCGUUAUCAGUGUUUUUCCUUAGUUUAUUACUUUUACGCGUGAAGGUGCAGCAAAUUUUGGUUAAUAACUUGACGAUUCUUCUCUCCUUAGGAGGUUGUAUUGUAUUGGCAGGUGUUUCAUUGUCAUAACGGAUGAAAUGAAUAUUUAUCUGUGGAAAGGUCAUUUCAGUUUGCUCGAAAAAUUACAAGUAUUCUUUCUACGAUUUAUGGCAAACUAUUGAGUUUGCUUGCCGACUGAUUCAACAUAAGUUAUGAUCGAAUGUGAGCAACAUUGAAUUCAUAGUUACCAAAAGUUUAUGCCUUGGUGUGUAAAAUUUCAAAUCAGAUCAGCUGGACACAUGGUUCGGCCGGCCAAAAAAGUCCGGGCGUGGAGGUGGGGUCAGAAGUGGUUCGGGAAACAACACGAUACCACGACCCCAUUCCGGCGACGAUUUCAAUGAAAUCGAACAGCAACGUUGUAUCAUCGAAAGAAUGGACAACGAGACGGUGAACGACAAGUUCGAAGAGAUGUUGGCCAACAUGAAUCUGACCGAGGAGAAGAAAGAACCGUUGCGGCAGCAAUCCGAAACAAAGAAGAGAGAGAUGCUGGUCUUGCAUUACAAAGGCAGCAUACAGGAGAAUAGGUCAAAAUUUGACAAGCCGGCGGAUUACAUACAGUAUUUGGCUCAGCCCGAUUUGAGCGUCAACAAAAUCUACAACUGCAUCGAAUCGUUGAGGAUAGCAUUGACGAACAAUCCUUUGAGUUGGGUUCAAGAAUUCGGUACCAAGGGACUGAAACAGGUUUUAGCAACGCUCAACGAGUGCUAUCGCAAUGACAACCGGUACGAGCGAAUACAGUACGAAUGCAUCCGAUGUUUGAAGGCUAUUAUGAACAACACCGUUGGCAUAAAGGAAAUGUUGGCUCAUCACGAAGCGCUCACGAUCGUGGCUCGAUCGUUGGAGCCGACCAAACCAUCCGUCAUGUCCGAAACCGUGAAACUGCUCGGUGCAGUUUGCCUUAUUUCCAGCGACAGUCACAAGAAAGUUUUGGACGCGAUCACCAUGAACGGCGAGUUCAAAGGAAGGGAGAGAUUUUUACCGAUUGUACAGGGUCUUAUGAACAAAAAGAACGAAAACUUAAGGGUGGAGUGCCUUCAACUCAUCAAUUCCAUCAUUUCUUCGGCCGAAGAAUUGGACUUCAGAUUGCAUUUGCGAAACGAGAUCAUGCGGGUCGGCCUGGCGGAUAUUUUAGAAACAUUGGAAAAAAACGAGUCCGAAGAUCUGGCUAGACAUUUGAAAAUUUUCAAUGAACACAAAGAGGAAGAUUACGAGGAGUUUGUUCAACGAUUCGAUCACGUUCGAUUGGAAUUGGACGACGUGAACGACUGUUUCGAAGUAAUUAAAAAUAUGGUGAUGGAAACGUCCGCGGAACCAUAUUUUCUAUCGAUACUUCAACAUCUUCUGUUCGUUAGGGAUGACGCUCUGGUGAGGCCGGCCUACUAUAAAUUGAUAGAAGAAUGCGUGUCGCAAAUAGUGUUGCAUCGUUCAGGCUGUGAUCCGGAUUUUAGCGCGACCAAGCGCUUUCAAAUCGACGUUCAACCGCUGAUCGACACGUUGGUCGAGAAAUCACGAGCGGAAGAAGAAAGGCGAUUGAAGAUAAAGUGUGCAUCGGAAAUGAAUCCUCCACCACCACCUCCGCCACUGUUGCUUGCAAAUAGAAGCGGACCAGAAGCGGGAAUGCCACCGCCGCCGCCGCCGCCACCGCUGCCAGGAGCAGGUUUUAGUGGACCGCGUCCACCUCCGCCACCUCUUAUGCCUGGAUUUGCAGGACCUCCACCACCGCCCAUGCCUGGCAUGCAAUCAGGACCGGCGCCUCCGCCGAUGCCAGGAGCAGGUCCAGCACCACCGCCGAUGAUGCCUGGCUUCAGUCUGGGCAUGAACGCGGCACUGCAAUCGCUUCCUUUGGGACUGAAGCCGAAGAAAAAGUGGGAAGUCGAUGCA